AGAAAAGUGUCUCUCUCGCUGCCCAAAAGGGCACUUUUGCCUUACAAAACACCAUAAAGACAACAGCUCUUAAUCAAAUCCACUCUCUCUGUAUACAAACCCAUAUAUGGUCUCUAUUGGACUCCCAAAGAACAAAAGUUUACUUCUUUCUUUCUCUCUCUCUAUGUAUAUAUGACUUCAAAGUCCACUUUUUCUUUUUUAUCAUUCACUGGCUGAUCAAUGGCUUUACUGCAUAAGCUGCCAUCUCUCUCUUCUUAUGUCUCUGGGCAAAAUGAUAAGCAUUUCUCCUUGAACCCAAGACCCAUUUGCUCUUUAAACUACAAAGCCUCACCUUUUACAGAGAAAAAUUCAAUUGAGAGGUACCAAAGAGACAACUGGCUUUAUAGCAAUGGCCUAGACCAAUCUUCUUCUUCUUCUUCUUAUUCAUGUCCUCUUGAAUCUGACAAAGAGUCUAUUAGACAAAACGACAUAGCUUUGCAGCUACCAGAAUUGAAGAAGCUUCUUCAAGUGCUUAAAGAGAAAAGAGGGGAUUGUGGUAAAGAUGGUGAGAAAUGUGGGCCAGGUAAUGUUUUUUUGGUGGGGACGGGGCCCGGCGACCCUGAAUUAUUGACAUUGAAGGCUGUGAGAGUUAUACAAAAAGCUGAUCUUUUGCUGUAUGAUAGAUUGGUUUCUAAUGAUGUUCUUGAUUUAGUUGGUCCUGAUGCUAGACUGCUAUAUGUUGGCAAGACUGCUGGCUACCAUAGUAGAACUCAGGAAGAGAUACAUGAGUUGCUCUUGAGUUUUGCUGAAGCUGGAGCCACUGUUGUGAGACUCAAAGGAGGCGAUCCGCUGGUAUUUGGAAGGGGUGGAGAGGAGAUGGAUUUUCUACAACAGCAAGGAAUCCAAGUUAAAGUUGUUCCAGGUAUCACUGCUGCUUCAGGGAUUGCAGCAGAGUUGGGAAUUCCUUUAACUCACCGAGGUGUUGCAAAUAGUGUUAGAUUUCUAACAGGACAUUCAAGGAAAGGAGGAACGGAUCCACUCUUUGUAGCAGAAAAUGCAGCUCACCCUGAUUCUACCCUGGUAGUUUAUAUGGGCUUGGCAACCCUCCCUUCUCUUGCAUCAAAGUUAAUGCAUCAUGGUCUCCCAGAAAAUACACCAGCUGUUGCAGUGGAGCGAGGGACCACGCCUCAUCAACGUGUGGUUUUUGCAGAGCUAAAGGAUCUUGCUGAUGAAAUUGCAUCGGCCGAGUUAGUUUCACCUACACUAAUUGUAAUUGGGAAGGUUGUUGCACUUUCACCAUUUUGGCCAUAUUCUCCAAAAGAGGUAUCAUGUUUAGUGGGGGCUGUGUAGAAAAUUAUUGUGGCAUAUGGAUGGCGAUAUUAUGCUUUUCAAGUCAUUUGCUGCAAAUCAGGGAUUAGCUGCUAAUUGUACGAGAAGUGACGUCUGAAUAUGGAACUCAUCAUCUGAUAACAUUUAGUAUUCUUGUCUUGUGAUUGAUUGGACCAAGUGAGCCUCUUGCUGGCUGCAUCAUGAAGUUUCAAGUAUUUCAUUCAAGAUGCUAGAGAACUCUGCAGUCAUUUUGCUCACAUGCUUCUGGAGAGGUCAAGCCUUUUCUCCAACUUUCUUGAGAGACCGAUUGAUCUGAGAGAAAGGGCGAUAUCCGAGCAUGAUCAACAAAUUUUUCAAUUUGUAGCCUGAUUUCAAAUCCAAAUAAGCUGCACUUAUGUAAUUCUUUUGACAGUGUUAUGAUCAAAUUCCAAACAUGCAGACACCUACCUGAUGUGCACAUAAAACAUUGGGUAAACUACUAGUAACUGUAAACUGCUAUAUUAUUUAGCUGUGCGUGAAGGAAGGGGGCGCAGUAUUUGUUUGUCGUUAAAUGUGCAUUUAUCCAAGGUUAAAUGAUUUUGGUUUAA